AUGUCUGCCAAUGAUAUUUUGGAUGUGUUAAACAUCCAGAGAGAUGAGCUGAAGCAGCCACCAAAGAAGAAGCUAAAGCCAACCGCAGAUUCAAACCCAAGACUGGGGAUGGCCAGAGAGCUUUACAACUUGAUCGGUCCCAAUACUCCUCCAGUGAAUCUUUCAUCUUCAGCAUAUAAUACAAACACAAAGGACAGGUUCAAGUCUAAGCCAAGCCCAUGGACAAGAAUUGAGUUUAAACCCCGUAAGGACCUGAAGGUAAACUUCAACCACUGGGUUAAGGGAUCUAGAGAGUUAUUGGAAUCCGAAGAGGAAACCAAGAAACCCUACUUCUUUGAGAAGUUCAACGUUAAGUUGGAUAUCCCGGAGUUGGUAGAUGAAGAGACAUUUGAUCUGUUCAUGAAGGAAAUAGAAGAACAUGAGAAAGAAGUCCAAGCUAUAUUGGCCCAAAGAAGAGAAGAAAAAGAACAAGCUAGAAAGCGAGAAAGAGAGGAGUCCGCCAAGUUGAAGGAGACAGAAAAGAGUUCAGAUAAUAAGCUGCAUCAAGUCAAAAAAGAACCGGCAGAAGUUCCAAAAGAAUCCCAGGGAGACGACAAGAAGUCGGAUGAAGAAGACUCGAGCAAUGAAAAGAGUGAAACCAAAGAACAUCAAGAUGAGAAGAAGGAAGACCAAGAAAAAGAAUCCGAGGAUGAGCAAAAAAGUGAACUCGGGCAGAAAUGGAGCUAUGAUGAAACAAAGUAUUUGUUUGAGUUAUGCUCUGCAUUUGAGCUCAAGUGGCCAAUCGUUUACGAUAGAUAUAAUUGGCAUACUACCUCUAGAACAUUGGAAGAUUUGAAAGAACAGUUUUACCGAAUCUGCGCUAAAAUUUUUGAAUCUCAGGAGAACUCCAACCCAGCUUUAAUCGAAUCCUUAAAGGUGUUUUCAAAAUCCAGAGAAAUCGAAAGGAAAAAUUAUUUGGAAAAUUUAUUAAAGAGGACACCUGCCGAAAUCGCUGAAGAAGAAUCACUAGUCAUAGAGGCCAGAAGAUUCGAGCUCGCUGCAAAGAAAAUGCUCUUAGAAAGAUCACAUCUUUUGACUUUGCUUGAUUCUCCUCAAACCACUCAGCCAAUCCAACAAUACCAGUCGUCGCAAGGUUUGACCAAUUUGUACAACAACUUAAUGAUUAUUGACAAGCAUCAGAAGAAGAGGCAAUUGCAACAGCAACAACAUAGAUCUAUUGGUUCUCUGAAUCAAGAUCCAGUUCCUCCUCCAAUUCCUAUCGCUGCUUCAUCGUCAUUUAAGAAGGACAGAUCCUUCCAAACCCAUUUACAACAAUAUUUGUCAGGUUUGCUCAAACAAAAUCAAAUCGUUAAUCCAAGUGUAAAACAAGAAGCUAAUACGAUUCAACAGUUAUUAGCAAAGAGAUUGACCCAAAAGGAGGAAGAAGCAUAUGGACUCUUUUUCCAUGGUACUGAAAAGCUUACCCCUGGUGUUAUUCUUAGAUCAAGUCAGAAAUUGCCAGGUUUACAACAAAAACAAUCAGUACUCAAAUCUGUGAAUUCUGUAUUACAUGAAUUGGACAUACCUACAGCUGGGGGUACUAGUUGGAAACCUAUCAUGCCCACUAGAAAGACUAUGACUAAGUAUGAUGAAUUAAUUAGGUCUGUGGUAGCAUUAUUGGAUGUUAAAAAAGGUAAGGAUAAGCUUGAAGCCGAAAUUCGCCUUAUCAAGAGUCAAAGAGGGCUUCAAUAA